AACAAAAUAUUUAGAUGAAAUAGAAGGUUUCAUAAAUAUCUCCAGAUAAAUUAUAUGCUAGUUUAUUGAAAAGGAAAAAUGAAUAAGAAUAAUAGGGGCGUUUAAAAUCUCCAAUAAUGACAGCAAAUAAGUAAAUAAUUGAUUGUUAUAUUAAUUAGAUACUUAGUUUCUAGUAACAGAAAUAGUGGAGGAAAUUCAAAAAUAGAAGCAAAAAAGUCAAGACCUGCAAGUGGUAAAGACUUAAAAGAUGUGAGUAGUGUUCUAUUAAAGAAAACACAUGCACGUUAAAAUAGUAAAUUAGUUGAAACAAAAGAGAAUUCUUAAAAUUUAUCAUCUAGUGCUCUUUCUUUAUUGCUUAAAAUAAAAUAAGAGAAAAAUGAAAAUAAGCAAUCUUAAAUAUAAUAAGCAAAAGAUGUUUAUAGUUAAUAAACAAUUUAGAAAAAGUAUUAAAAGUUAAUGGAAAUGACUAAAUAAUAAUAAUAGUUAAUACUUAAACCAAAAUUAUUUAAGGGUCCACGUUCUAUAAGUAAUCCAGAUAUUUCAACAAUGUAAUUAUAGAUAGUGAAAGCAAAUGGUUAAAGUGCAGCUGGAAUGCUGUAUAAUGGAUAGACAAAAACAAAUUAAGACAUAUAUAAAUUAAUAUAAAAGUUUAGUAAGAGAGAAAAUGAUUGGUAUAUAUAAGUAUCUGAUGGACAUGGGACAAAUGGUCAUUAAGUGGCAAAGUUUUUAUAGGAAGUACUACCUGAAUUGAUAGAAUAAGGAGUAAUGCAUAUGACAUCAUGUUAUGAGAGAGAUAAGUAAAUUUAAAAAUAGAAAAUAGAUAAAUAAAUUUGGUACUAAAGAAUUGUUUUUAGUAGACAAAUGAGGAAUUGAUGGACAGUGGAAUAGAUAUUACAUAUUCAGGUGCAACAACAGUAGUUGUAUUAUCUUUUGAUAAUGUGUUAUAUUGUGCAAAUAUUGGAGAUAGUAGAGCAAUAAUAGGAAGGAUGGAUAAUAAAUUAUCAGUGAUAGAAUUAUCAAAGGAUCAUAAGCCAGAUUGUUUUUUAGAAUAAGCAAGAAUUAUUUAAAGAGGAGGAAGAGUUUAAGCAUAUAGUGAUGAAGAUGGUAAUCCAAUUGGACCAGCAAGAGUUUGGAAAAUGGAUGAAGAUGUACCUGGAUUAGCUAUGUCAAGAAGUUUCGGAGAUUAUGUUGCUAGUGAAGUUGGAGUAAUUUGUGAACCUGAAAUUAUUAAACAUUCUCUAUUACCAUGUGAUAAAUUUAUAGUUGUAGCUUCAGAUGGAAUUUGGGAGUAUAUUUGUUAUUAAUAUAUUAAUUAGAUUUCUAUCUAAUGAAUAGGUUGUAGAAAUAGUUUAUGAAUAUUAUAAAAAAGAUGAUACUUAAGGAGCUUGUUAAAAAUUAGUUUAAUUAGCAAGAGAAGCUUGGUAAAGAGAGGAUGAAGUAAUUGAUGACAUUACUAUUGUUAUUGCCUUCAUUAAAUGAUCUUUAUUUUCUCAUUAAAUUAGUA